AACAAAUAAACAGCGAUAAUUUGAUUAAAAUUGUUGAGUAAAUAUUUUAGCUUAGAUUUGACAACGAUGUGUAAUAUUAACAUUAACAACUGACAGAGAGAAAAGAAAACCAUAGCUAGUUAAAAAUAGAAAUUGGUGCUUUGUAAGAGAUGAGUUGGAAAGAAAAACAACACGGUUUCUUGGUGAAACUAUUACCAUGCAUAGUCAUCUCUUUCUUUUCAGAAAAUUCUCUUGCAACUUCGCUCUCAGCCUCAGGUUUUAAGAUACACGAUCGGGGUUAAUAUUUGAGGGAGGGUUAGACUUCUCCAGGUCAUUAAUUAUAAUGGCUUCAAAUUCAGAUGCCAAUUCUCCAACACCAUCUCCACCCGAUUCAUCUCCGCCACCGCCACCAGCCGGCGAUAAUUCAUCGCCACCGCCACCGCCACCGACCGGCGAUAAUUCAUCGCCGCCACCACCACCACCACCGAACGGUGAUAAUUCAUCGCCGCCGCCGCCGCCAGCCGGCGAUAAUUCAUCGCAGCCGCCACCACCACCGACAGGUGAUAAUUCAUCGCCGCCACCACCAUCAACACCGACUGGCGAUAAUUCAUCGCCGCCGCCGCCAUCACCCCCUCCACCGGCCUCAUCACCUCCGCCGCCGCCUCCUCCUCCAAACCGACAAGUAUUUUCUCCUCCUCCUCCGCCGUCACAUCAUCGGUUGUUGCCACCAACGUCAUCAAGUUGGAAUAACAACCACAGUAGACAUGAAGAUAGUGGAAACCAAUUGAGCGCGGCAGCUAUAAUAGGAAUUGUAGGUGGAGUUGGGUUAUUGCUCCUUGUCAUUAUCAUACUCUGCAUUGUUUGUUCAAUAAAGAAGAAGAAGAAAUCACAAAGUCCCAUUCAUUACUACCCCAACCAACCUGGCGCUCGAAAUCAAUAUGUGGAACACAUUGUUAAUAUGCCAGCAGCACCUCCAGGUGGAGGUUGGGGUCCAGCACCUUUACCUCCUCAAUGGGUGGGCAGUGACUUAAGCAGCUCUAGUUACUCUGGGCCCCAUGGUCCAGUAUUACCACCACCACACCCAACAGUAGCACUUGGAUUCACCCAAAACUCUUUCACACAUGACGACUUAUCAGUAGCCACUGGUGGGUUUGCACAACGAAACUUGUUGGGUCAAGGUGGGUAUGGAUAUGUAUAUAAAGGUGUUCUCCCUAAUGGUAAGGAAAUUGCUGUCAAGAGUCUCAAAUCCACUGGUGGACAAGGUGACAGAGAAUUCCAAGCUGAGGUUGAUAUUAUCAGUCGUGUCCAUCAUCGAUAUCUUGUCUCACUUGUUGGUUGUUGCAUUUCUGAUACUAAGAAGCUUCUCGUUUAUGAAUUUGUUCCCAACAAGACACUUUAUUAUCACCUUCAUGGGAAAGGUCGACCUGUGAUGGAUUGGGGCACAAGGCUUAAAAUUGCAAUUGGAUCUGCCAAAGGACUUUCUUAUUUACAUGAGGAUUGUCACCCUCGAAUCAUUCACAGAGACAUAAAGUGUGCAAACAUUUUACUUGAAAACAACUUUGAAGCCAAAGUGUCAGAUUUUGGAUUGGCAAAGUUUACUCAAGACAACAACACUCAUGUUUCUACUCGUGUCAUGGGAACAUUUGGGUAUAUGGCUCCUGAGUAUGCUUCGAGCGGUAAGCUAACCGAUAAAUCCGAUGUCUUCUCGUACGGUAUUAUGCUUUUGGAGCUUAUAACCGGACGACGACCGCUUGGUACCCGCGGUGAUUAUGAAGACAAUUUGGUUGAUUGGGCUAGACCACUUUGUACAAAAGCAUUGGAAAAUGAAACAUUUGAAGGAUUGGUAGAUCCACGUUUAGAGGACAAUUAUGAUAAACAGGAGAUAGCACGUAUGGUAGCUUGUGCUGCUGCUAGUGUUAGACACUCAGCAAGAAGGCGUCCAAGAAUGAGUCAGAUUGUUCGGGUACUGGAGGGAGAUGCAGUACUAGAAGUCCUUAAUCAGGAUGGAGUGAAACCUGGAGAGAGUGCUUUGUAUAGUAGCAUAAGUGGAGAUUAUGAUGCAGGGGCAUAUAGUGCUGACAUGAAAAAGUUCAGGAAACUAGCAUUGGACAGUGGUGUUGCAAGUAGUGAGUUUGGUGGAACGAGUGAGUAUGGUCUUAACCUUUCCAUUUCAAGUAGUGAACAAUCUUCAGCUGAAUAUAGCAUGAAGAUUGGAACUGGAAUUGGAAGUCGGAUGAACACUCCUGAGAAGCAAGCUUCUUCUAAUGUGAUGUAAUCCAACUUAAUUUGUGAAUUGUCUAGCUAACAAAAGUAAAUGUUGAACAUCUAACCACACAAUUUUAACUCAAGCCACGGGAGGGAGUAAUUUGCACAGCAAUAUCACAGAGAAAGACAUGACACAUAUAUUCUUUUAUGACUUUUUGUAUGAUUCAUUGAUUAUACGGUACACAGUUCCUGUAACAAUAUCUUUAUUCAAAGGAGGCAAAUGGUAAAAAUUAAAAAAGUUCAAUUCAA